CCACUCGUCAGGUGCCAAACAAAUGGGAAUAACAACUGGCUCUCACUGGUAGCGCUAGCUCAUGGGUCGGGUUCGAACUUCUCGACGGGGGAUUCCCUGCCCUGCUUGACAAAGCUAAACUGGCUGUUCAACUUGAACUGUUCGCGGUGCUUGAAAUGCUUGCACUUGCCCUGUCGAAACAACUUGCAUGGUAUUCGUCUACUCCGUACACUCCGUAGGAUCAUAUCAGUAGGGACUUAACCUAAAUGAUAAUGGCGCAAAAAGCAAUCAUGGGAAAAAAGUACUUGCACUAGCCAGAGCACUGAUGACUUUGCAUACAACAAGUGAAAAAUGAACAAUGUCAUUCGUCAGGCCUGCCCCAUCGUACUUGAGCUACAUUUUCUCUUGGGACCUCACGAUCAGCGAUUCGUGUAAGACGGAUCCAGAAUUUCGGUGGUCAGUCUAGUCCUUCCGCCCAUCCUCCCAGCUCUUGUUCGUCCCGUGUCCAUGUUCCGUUCCUGACUGCAAUUUGGGAGCGGGAUGCCUGGCGAGGGAAGCGCCGGUGACCAGAAUCGGGUACUUUGUAUUAUGACGUUGCCGCAGACGAUGGAUGGAUCGCUCGAUCACCAGCCAAGUUCCGUCCGAAGAUGGUACGUAGGAAUAAGAAACUCACCGGGGAUGCGCAGGGAGGAAUAGCCCGGGAGUCCGCGCGGAGGAGGAAGGGUGUUGUAUGCGCGCGGAUCCAGGACCCGGAUCUGUAUGCCAGCUGGUUAGAACGCUGUUCGAUGAGCAGCGAAACGGGAGAACGCCCCAAGGUAUAUUGGUCAAACUUGGAGAACUGGAAGGUAUUUAGCUCAGAAAUCUUGUCCCGGGGUACCAGGCAUUAAAAGCUGCGACUGCACCCCAAAUGUCAUCCAGAAACCAGACCCCUGUUGAUUUCUUCAGCUCGUUGGGGAAGACGAAGCUGAUAAGAUGGACUAAGUUCCGCCUCGUCCAGGCUAGUGACGAUCGUCGAGAUAAAAGGAGGUCAAGGAAAGCCAACGUGCAUCGUGGGGCGAAGAAGAGGUGGCCGACGGCGCAGGAGAGUAUUCAGGUCGGGAGUCAUCAGAUCACAGAUCACAUUACCCUCCUAGAUCUGGAGUCAGCCUUCACCAGGCAUCAGCUCGAGUGAAGCAACAACGGGCAUUGCCUGCCAGCUGUGACUCUUGGGGCCUGCGCUGAUUGCUUUUCUAUCCCCUGUCUCUCUCUUCGACUGUUCCCAUUGCUCAGGGUUAUAUAAGGCUGAUCUCUGCCUGUCCAGCCUGGCCGCCUGCAUUUCUGCUUUAUUAGAAGCCAACUACUGACUCUCCCCGUUCGCUCAUUUCAUCUUCCACAUCUCUUGGGCUUCAGCCCGUGUCGACCCCAUCCUCAUAUAAGGUUCUUUUUUCCAAGCUUCCAGCAAAGAUUCAGACUAACACACCGCCAGACCAGCUUCACUUGUUCCCAGCCAAUAAUUCUCUGGGCCGUCGAUGCAAGGCAGGCCACGCACUGAAGCAUCGUGGUCUUUAUUUUAAGUGCGUCACCUUCAUAGAUCAUCUCGCUGUCCAUUUUUCUUCUUCGUCUUUCGUCCACCGUUCUUUCUUGUUGCUGGAAACUUUCACCACCGGCACCUUCCCGCUCCCCGCCCAAUCGUUCAGCAUCUGCAGUCUUUCAACUUUUUCCAUUCUGCGCCCUAUAACUGUUCCAAAUCACACUUACAAAUUAUUCUUACUGUCCGCAAAUCCUAGUCCUUCUCCCCCAAGCUCAAGCAAUCCCCAGCGGUCUUCUGUCCUGGAGUUCGAGACGCAAACGAGUCCAAACGCUAACCACAACCUCAGUUCAUCUACAGCUCCGCUCCGCGAAGCUCCACAGUGGGUCCCUUCUCCAGUCUCUCAACAGCGCCAGCAAGAAGCUAUGGCCGACACUCCGAACACCACGACCACUGCCACAACGCCCGAAAACAAGCACGAAGCUGACCCAGCUGUCGAUAACAAUGCUGGCAAAUCUGAGGCGAAGCCGGCAGUAUCGGUUUCGGAGAGCAAUUCAAAAAAGACCGCUUGCAAGAAGCACCCUGGAAAGGAACAGGAUCCCAACGCUCGAACUCGCAGCUCCAAGAAGAAGACCCGCGCGGGCAAGAGUUCAUCAAUAGUGACCCCCAGCGACGACAGCUCCUCCGACUUGAGCUCCUCAUCUGAGAGUGCCAGUUCAAACGACUCUGCCCCGGAAGAUGAAGACUCCUCGUCAGACUCGUCCGCGCCGGAAGUCGACCGGCAUUCUCGGCGGAGGCUAACACGAGCCAAAACGAAGAAACAUCGAAGGCGUAACAAGAAGAAGAAGCUCAAGUCGCGCUAUGAGUCUGAAACAGACACCGAGUCAGAUGUUGAGGAGACCGAGCACGAUGAUUCCCUUGAUGAGAAACAGCUGAAGAAAUUCAUCAACAAGAUCAAGUCGAAAAAGAAGUCCAGGAUACUUGAUCCAAAGAGCGACUCUUCUGAAGAUCAACAAUACGAUGAUGACGAUACGGAACUGCUUGACAUAUCGCUCACCCUAGCCAAGGCUAAGCUAAAGUCAAAGCAGGCGCAAACGGAAGGGAAACGUGGUAAAGGGCGCGCGAGACGGUCCCUGGGUGAUCAGCUUGGGGAAAGCAAGAAGCUGAAGAAGAAGGCUGGUUCAAAGGUUGCUUUCAAACGAGUCGACCAAUUAUGGGACAAUACAAUCCACAACUUCAAGCUCACCGAGACCGUCGACGACCCCUCCGUGAAUGAAUGGGACCAGUAUCUCUUCACUGUUCGCCGCAAGUUUGACUGGGAUAACAAGUACUUGGAAACGGUUGUGGACCUCAAGAGCAAGCACCUUCGCGACGCUUUGAGCAAGGUCAUGGAUGGCGUCAAGGGUGUCAGCCUGGUCCAAGAGACGGCUGUGGUCGAUCCCAACAUGCUCUUCCUGUACCUGGAGGAAACUCGUCAAUAUAUGAAGGAGCUCAAGCAGCAGGCCAAGACUGAGAAGAAAAAGAAGGCAAGGAAGAUAGCAGCUAUCAAAGCCAGUCAUCUGAAAGUCCUCAUCAAAUACCUGGAUAUGGACUAUGCCGAGACGAAGAAGACGCUAUAUCCCUUGCUGGAGGCAAAUACAAUUACCUUCGACCUGCUGUGGGCAUUGUUCAAACCGAACACAAUUGCGUACGCGCCUACGUACGGAAACCAGGAUGAGCCUCGCGCGUUCAAGAUUGAGUACGCCACCAAGGAGUCAUCGUUCAUGAAAGGUCAGUGGUACAGCAUUGAAGGCCGGUAUCUCGAAUACGAUGGGAAGACGUUCGGAAUGGGAACCAUGGCAGCUGAGGUCGAAUCGUUUAAGGGAGCCCGGAAGAUCACCAGCCUGGGAUGUUACCCGCUCAAGUAUCAUCGCGAAGCCGAGGAGGUUAAAGCGAAGCUCAUUGAGCGUGGUAAGAAGUUCGUGGCUUUGAGGGGUAUGAACUAUCGGUUCCAUAAGGGUAUGGCAUUCUAUAAGAAGAAGCGCACGGUCAUCAAAGUCAAUAUCAACGGGCGAGUUAUGAUUGACCCGGCUAUCCACCGUCGGAUCAAUCCGAACUACCCCAUCAGCACGGUCCGCCCUAAAGACCCCGAUUUCCUGGGUGACUCGGAUGAUAGCGAUGCUGGGUGUUGUUGUGUCUCAGGGUCGGAGUCGGAUCAACCACAAGCUCACCGCCGCGACUCAGAUUCACCGCAGUACAAGUACAAGGUUGUUAGGGACGACAAUGGCCGGCCUCAAGUCAUCGCGGUAGAGGUUGACGAGAAUGGGAACGAAAUCCAGAAGGAAAACAUGGAUGAAGUUGGUGAUGCUUCUGAGCGGGAUUUUACGGAGGAAGAAUUGCUUAUAGCGAGCCCGGUCGUUCUGGGGUUUGCUUUUAGUGAAAAACUAUGGCUUGAAUUCAGCAUCUCUGGAAUCAGUGAUAUUGAAUGGAAUGAAGAUGCGUUCCGGUCGCUGGUCCUCCCAGACAAUCAAAAGUCGAUUGUCAAGGCUUUGGUGGAGUCACACACCUUCUGCGCCGCGCAAAAUAUCGACGAUGUGAUUCAAGGAAAGGGCAAAGGCCUCGUUGCUGUGCUCCAUGGCCCACCGGGUACUGGCAAAACACUCACAGCUGAAGGAAUCGCAGAGCUUUUGAAGCGGCCCCUGUACAUGGUGAGCGCUGGAGAGCUCGGUACAGACUCACGGACGUUAGAAGCAGAGUUGAACAAGAUCCUGGACAUUGCUCACUCUUGGGGAGCCGUGCUCCUCCUUGACGAGGCAGACAUCUUCUUGGAGAAGCGAACAAUCCAGGACAUCCACCGCAACGCACUCGUCAGCAUCUUCCUUCGUCUUCUUGAGUACUUCCAGGGUAUUCUCUUCCUCACGACUAAUCGGGUGGAAACGUUUGACGACGCCUUCCAAUCCCGUAUCCACGUUGCACUGCGCUACGGUGACCUCACCACAAAAGCCAAGCGCAGCGUAUGGAAGAUGUUCCUUGAAAAGGUUCAAGCUAUGGACGGUGUACAGACAGCCACGUUUACGGACAAGGACUACGAUCUUCUGUCACGCCAUAACCUCAAUGGACGACAGAUCAAAAACUCCGUCCGAACAGCUCAAGCCCUUGCCGUCAAUGAAAAAACCCCUCUAUCCAUGGAGCACAUCAAACGUGUUCUUGACGUGGCAGAGACAUUCGAUCAUGAUCUACGCGGAGGGACUGGUUACAUCGAUGCGAUGAGGAGUUACACUUGAUUGAGUUUGCUUUAAUCUCUCCACCUCUGAAGUUCUCUGCUCUGUCCUUGGGAUAAUGCUUUUAGUACCUAUCUUUCUUGCUUUCUUGCUCCUCAUUAUUGGAUACUUUUGCUCUUUUGUUAUGCCUAACAAGAGGUGUUCACGAAUCACGAAUGAUGAUUGCUUUGCCGCCUGAUUUUAUGCAUUUGAGGAUUUGCAUAUCUCCACUAGGGAGCUAGACAGAAUAACAGAACAGUAGUUAGUUUUGCUCAAGACAUCCUCCAAGCAGCUAGUUUCACCGCGUAGUCUAUAACGCAAAUAUAUAUCGCAGAGUUCUCCUUCAUCAGGCCGUUGUCCAGGGUCCAGUAGAGAGAAGACAAUAAACGCAAGCCAAGCCAAUGAGGACUACCAGGCGGCAAUAUCAGACUGCCUCACCCUGUUUGGUUGAUAAUCCGAAUACCUUUCAGGAUAUCUUCAUCGCGCCUCUAUGGUCUAGUUGGUUAUGACGCGAGUCUCAUAUUUCGAUAUGACGUUCCUGCUCAAACAGGAAUGACAAUUAUCUGCGACAUCUCGAGGUCCCCAGUUCGAUCCUGGGUGGAGGCAUGAUAUUUUACAGGUCAUCGGCUUUGUCUGGUGGGUACGUCUUUUUUGUUUUGUGUAUCUGGUCUCUCUCUAGGGCUUUUUGUGCUUCGGUCACCGACUCACCAG